AUGAACAAAAUUAAUUUUUUUAUUUUAUCAUUUUUGAUUAUUUAUUUUUUACAACCAUCAAAAUCCGAGAAUAUACCGUUGGAUUGUAAAUUUAAAUCAAAUUUUUACAAUGCAGAAUUUGAUCUUUCUAGUUUAAAGUUAGAUUCAGGCUACGGAUAUCAAAUUAAUUCUGGUGUUGAUACUUAUAACUUUAAUUUAUGUGGAUAUACAGAAAAAUGUUAUUCAAACUAUUCUAGACAAUCAUGUAAAACACUACCAUCAUUUCAAGUAUUAGGUGAUUUGGAAAGAGGAUCAUAUACAACUGAUGGUAUAGUGAUUUCACUAAAUUAUGUAUCUGAUAGCUAUUCAAACACAUCAUCACCAUCAUGCCUCUAUGAAUCGACUUAUGAAAUAUCGUGUAUAAGAAAUAGUACAUUUAAUAUCUUUAUUUCAAAUAUAUCAAUAGACCACUGCCAUUAUAAAUUUAAACUUUUAUCCCAUUUUGCCUGUAUUGAUGGAGUUUAUUAUCCCACUGAGCAAGAAACAACCGUCAAAGAGGGUGAUUCAAUACCAAUUUAUGCAUUUUCGAGCCAAGAUUUUAAUGGUGCACCAAUUACAUUUAAAAUGGUAAGUUUUAAUGGUGAAACAGUUUAUGAACGUUCAAAUAUCAAAUAUUCAAGUUAUAUUAAAGGUGUAUACACUUAUAAUUUAGUGAUUCCAAAAGGAAACUACUAUAAUGGUUCAAUUUCAACUUCGAUCGAUGGUUUUACUAAAAGAUUUGCUUAUAUUAAUCCUUAUUCAGGUAAUGAUAAUUCUACAUCUACUACUAUUGAUUAUUCGGUGGUAUCGGUGUCUUCAUCAUUGGAUUUAGAUACUGGUUAUAAUAAUACAUCUACUAAUUACAAUUCUAAUAAUUCAGAAAUUAAUUCAAGUGAUGAAGAUGAAGGUUGGUCUAAUUGGAAAAUAGCUUUUGUUGUUGUUAGUGGUGUUUUGGGUGCAACUUUAAUUUUUGGUACAAUUCUUUUUGUUCACCAAAGAAAUAGAGUAGAAAGAACUAUUAGAGAUAUCAAUAUAGCUUUAAAAAAUUCACAAACACAACCACCAUCACCAUCACCAUCACCAAAAAAUCAUCCAACUCACCAUCCAGAAUCAAACCCAAAUUAUUAUAGUGAUAAUUUCGAGAAUUAUGGUUCAAGACCAACUCAAGAACAACAGAAUCGUGCACCAAGAUCACCCCCACCUGCCUAUUCGACAAUUGUUCCUGAAUCUAAUGAAAAAAUUUCAAUUUCAUUUACUUCAUCUCAAACUAUUUAUGAAGAGGCCUCAUCAAGUAGUAAUAAUUAUAAUAAUAAUAAUAAUAACGAUGAUGAAUCUGAUGAUGAAUCAGAAGUUAAAUCAAAGAUGCAAACUCAAAAAGUAGGAGAGGGUUGUAAAACACAAUAA